AUGUUCUCCGCUCGCGUCGCCCGCGCCGGCCUGCGUGCCUCCGCCCAGCAGUUCGCCGUCCCUCGCACCGCUGCCAUCAACGGCCUCCGCUCCUAUGCCACCCCAGCCCAGAGCGUGAACCCGCCUGUGGCCCUCUUCGGUGUUGACGGCACCUACGCCACUGCUCUGUUCACCGCCUCCUCCAAGUCCUCCGCCCUCGACCAGACCGCCAAGGCCAUCUCCAACCUCGGCGAGACCUUCAAGUCCGACCCCAAGCUGUCCACCAUCCUCGGCACCCCGACUCUGAGCAACGCCGACAAGCAGCAGAUCACCCAGGAGCUGCUGAAGAUCGCCGGUGCCGAUAAGUCCGACAUCCUUAAGAACUUCUUCGCCACCUUGGCUGAGAACAACCGCUUCGGUGCGCUGGAGGGUGUGUGCGAGAAGUUCGCGACUCUCAUGAGCGCCCACCGUGGUGAGAUCGAGCUUAGCAUUACCAGUGCUCAGGAGCUCGACGCCAAGACCGUCUCCCGCCUCGAAAAGGCCGUCGCGAAGUCCGAGUACAGCCAGGGCAAGAAGCUCAAGGUCGUCACCAAGGUCAGCCCGGAUCUUGUGGGUGGUCUCGUUGUUGAGAUUGGUGACCGCACCAUCGACCUGAGCGUGUCGUCGAAGAUCGCCAAGAUGAACAAGGCUCUGACGGAUGCCUUGUAA